UAUAAUAUUUUUAUUCUCCGUGUCGUGGCAACUCUGUUUUGAAGUCAACAAUCUCUGACGCCUUCACUUCACGGGCCUCAGUUGUUCGCGAUUCUUAGCGAUAAACACAAUUCUGAUAAUAAUGUCGUCGAAAACGAAAAGAAAAGAUGGAAAUAACAAAUUUGGACAACACGUUCGUACGAUCGAGGAUAUGGACGAGGACGAAGAUAUUAAAUCAGAAAUAGAAGCAAUGACAAAUUUAGAGUACAAUCUCCAUAGCGAUGUGCUGGAGGAAAUUCGGGGUGACUCUGUACCGGAGACACAGUUAUUCACGGUUAAAAAACCGCGAAAUCCUAAUCUCAAAGAGAACUCUAAUAAGCCGGGGACAAUGGAAAAGGUAUCGAAAUUCGAAAAUGAUAAUACAACAACGCAGACUUAUGUGCAAGGCGCGAGUGUCGACGAGUUGCAAGCUCUUAUCAGACAACCUGCAAUUACUUCUGAGGAUAAAUACAAAAUUUUGGACGCUCGAGAUCGUCUGAUGCGUGGGAGACAGGUUAAGUCACAGCAGCAUCUAUCAAUGGCAAAAGCAACUCGAGGCGUUUGUCCCGAUAUGUGCCCUGAAAAAGAACGUUUAAUGCGUGAAUUUCAACGCCAAGUUGCUUCUUACGAGCUCAUGGAUGGAGGUAACAGCGAAUAUCGAAUUAACCAUGAAACUGCAGUGAAACAGUAUUCACGAUCUUCCGCUGAUCAAGAAGAACCAUUGCCUCAAGAUCUUAGACCAGUGAGAUCGCUCAAAAUGACUAUGAGUUAUUUACUUCAUGAAAUUGCUGAUCUCUGUGAGCACAGCAGCACUAAUUUGGCCGAAUGGUUUCAUUUUCUUUGGGACAGAACCCGAGGAAUUAGGAAAGAUAUAACGCAACAAGAGCUUGGUUGCUUGGACAGCGUAGAACUGGUGGAACAAUGCGCUCGUUUCCACAUUGUUUGCGCCGAACGGCUUUGUGCAGAGGAACCUUCGGUGUUUGACAAGAAAAUAAAUACUGAAAAUUUGACUAAAUGCUUACAAACACUAAAAUACAUGUAUCAAGACCUUCGAAUAAAAGGCAUCGAAUGCAAAAAUGAGCCAGAGUUCAGGGCUUACAUAAUACUGCUUAAUCUGAACAACGGCAAUUUCAUGUGGGAUGUUCAAAGGCUUCCUAGCUCAGUGCAAAAAUCACCUCAAGUAAGAUUUGCCAUUGAGGUUUAUUCCUGUAUAGAAUCUAACAAUUAUGCCAAAUUCUUCCGACUCGUACGAGAAACGACUUAUACCAAUGCCUGCAUUUUGUUGCGCUACUUCAAUCAAGUUCGAGUCAGAGCUCUUUCUGUUAUGGUUAAAGCUUACUGCAGAACUUCCUCCAUGGCUUUCCCUCUUUAUGAACUCAUGGAUAUUCUUGGAUUUGAGGAUGAAAAUGAAGCUGUUUUGUUCUGCGAACAAGUAGGCUUGACUCUUUCCAACGACGAGCUACACAUUAUGCUCGACCGACGCAGCUUCCGACCAGUUUCCAACAUCGAACAAGGACGGGCUUCUAACUACGUCGAAGCAAAAAGAACUUCUGCCGGCAGCUCCAUCGGCCUCUGCAUCGCUGGACAAAAAAUGCCUGAGAAAUUGUACCGAGGUCAUCGGCCCCACGAUAGUUUUGACGCUCAUGGCUAUCUCAAGCCGGAAUCUAUCAAUGCUGCAGAUCAAAAUGUUAGCAAAGAAGAGCCUGACACACGUGACAAUGAUCCUUACGAAUACAUGGAAGAGGAUCUUCCGCAAUCGGUGAUUACUUUUUCACCACAGAAAUCAAAGAGAUUCCAAGAGACGAGCGAAGCUGAAACACCAAAAACGACGGCAAUUUCCAUCGCUGUCACAUCGACAGUAAAUUUUGCUUCGACUUCGACGAAGAGCACAGCUUCUCUGUUUCCUACUAAUGCGAAUUCACCCUUCGGGAAAGUUGAAAGUAAUUCAUCGGAAGCUGGAGUUCCUCGAACGAAAACAAUGUGGGAAUCGACAAUCAGCAAUUCGCCAAAAAAGAACGAAACUUUCACCAGCUUUGCUCAAACUGGUGAAAAUAAAUUUUUGAUUUCCAAAUUUUCGAUAGAUCCAACUCUCAACACCAAUGCAGACCAACGAGACAAUUCGCCUUUCAUAUCUGGGUCGAAAAUAUUCGGUAAUAAUACUCCCAAGGUACCGAACAUUUUUGCGAAACCGGCCGACGAUACAACGCUCGCUCCUAUGGGUAUUUUUGGGAAAACGAUCCGAGGAGGGAAUAUUUUUGGAAAUUCGACAACGAUCGCAACGUCCGUUUCCAGCUCGAAUGCUUCCGUGUUUUCACGACCAAGCACCGGCGCUUUUGGUGUGCCGCCGGAGGUGAGACCGCCGAUUUUCAGUGGUGGAACUGCUAAAUCGUCGGAGCCUCGGGAAGAAAUUCCAACUGAAAAAGAAAUUGCUCAAUUGAGAAAAGAAACGCUCCGUGCAAAACUCGAGCUCGAGAAGAAGGAAGCAGCUCGAAGAAUCGAACAAGAAACUAACGAAUCGUACGCUCAACUAGAGAAACAGCUUAUCGAGGAUGUGUGCAAAAGCAUGAUCCGCGAGGAGCUCGAUCGCGUCAAUUUAUACGAGGAUAUGAGCGAGAAAAUCCUCGCCGAGAUUCUCGACGAGUGCGUCAGCCAGGACUGCGUAAAUAUUUUGAAGCACGAAAUAUUGUUGGAUCGAAAAUUAGCACAAUUGGCAAAACGUACGAGAAGUCGCAUGAUUCUCAAGUAUUACAGAAUUUGGCGAGAUUUAACAAGAAGAAAAAGACAACAACGAGGAGCUCUCGAUCGCACUCCGGUUUGGUUGCAAAAGGUCAGUGUUGAGGAGUGCGCGAAAUCGCUCUAUCGAGAGCACCAACGAUUGGCGAUUGAAAAUAUGAGAAGAAAGCGAAUGAAAUUGAGCGAGGAAGACCACGAGCUUGAAUAUCUUGAGCCAGUAGAAUCUAAAAUUUACGAGGGCAUGAGAGAAAACGCGAGAAUGCUAGAAGUUCGUUUGCAGCCGAACAUCUACUGGAAAAUGCUUAUUUCCUGGCCACCGAUGGAGAACCGACCAAUUUUUUCGCGUUACCAGAAAAUAAUGAAGGAGUACAUUUGCCCGAGCGAUCGAGAUCGACUUUCCAUUGUCAAAUCUUAUCGACCAAAUUCUUAUGAGACGCUUCACAUGUGUAUUACCAAUUUGGAGGACUCGGACCUCAAAGAAGAGAGCCUCUCAGGCACCGAUGGUCUUUUAUUCGUCGCAACGAGUUGCGAAAAUACUCUGGACGUUGUUCAACGUCUCGAACGAACGAUUACUUCCAGACAAAAACUCAUGCCGAUUCCAGUAAUGGCCGUCGUUCUCGCUGAAGCACGCGUUUCUCCUCGUAACGUCAAACUUGAAAGUCGACUCGAUCGACUCCUCGAAACUGGUUACGUCUCCGAAUACGCCGUACAUUACGAAGAAAUCGUUGAUGAAAAAACAGUUUUGAAAUUGAUCCAAAAUGCUGUACUGUGGCUCACCGUCAAUAAAUCACCCCCUAUACCCUUGGAAAUGGACUACUUCGCGAGGGUUGUCGACGCGUGCUUGUCCGAGGAUCUUUGGCUCCGGAUACUCGGAGAUUCCUCAUUUAACGAGCACCUCGAAAACGCACUUCGAGACGUCGAGUUCGUGAUUGACCUGCACAACGAAGCCGUUGCUCACCUCAGCGACAUUUUCCUGGACCCCGAGUCUCUCGCCUACACGGAUUUUCCAGUUGAAUUCAAGGCUCUCCUUCCGAACGAGGAUCAACUACCCUGCGGAUACGAAAAGUUUGAUUCAACAUGGAAAACGCGAGAAAGAAGAAUUCGUUUAGAACAGGAUAUGGACGGAUUACUGUUGCCCAAGUGGACAUUUGGUUGGCCGAUCGAAGACGCGAUGGAGCUGGAAAAGUGUUACGUUCGCUAUUUCCGGGAAUGUUUUUCUGAGCUCUGCGCAACAGGCAACGUUUUUCUCAAUAUCAGCACAGCCGGUAAAACGAGUUUCGUGCAACUUUUACUCGAAAUACUGAAAGUGAAAAUAUCUCAUCUCGAGCCACGAGAAACGGUUGUUUAUAACAAAAAUCACGUGAGGCACUUCAGAAACUCACCGUGGUGGUUCAAAUCCAGCACGCUGACGACUUAUUACGAAAAACUUGGACGCAAUCGUCACACGGUCGUGCCAAGGCCCGACAAGAUCGUCGAUCAAACUACGGAACAAGAACAAUUGUUGGAACAAGAAAAAAUUCAUGACAUUGAAAAAGUCAUCAACGAGUAUGAAAUCGUCAGUCAACGAUUGACCGAUCACGUUCUUCUUUCACCUGCUUUUCGCAAUGAGAGAAAAAAGCACAUCUCUAAUUUGCGCGAUAUGUCGGAACAACUCGAAAAAUCUUUGGCAGAACAAAAAUCUCGUAGUCGAUUUUUGGACGAAAAAUUAGCUUUAGCUCUUGAAAAUUUUGAUGAGUUCAACGAUAUUCCUUAAAAAUGUACAAUAUUGAAGUUGGUGGUAUCGUUCGAAUUCACAGACAAUUCAAUUUUUUUUCAAUUUCUCAUCCCUCAAUAAAUUGCUAGACUUUUUUUAGCAAGUUUGUUUUAAAAAUUUAGAGAGCCACUAAAAAUUUUGCAAUUUUGCUGAUUUCCAAUAUUUAUUUGAAUAUUGAGAAAAAGUGCAACACAGACAAAUCGUGUUGCAAUUUAAGGAUGCAAACUUUAACGUUAUUAAUUGCAUUUCCAUUCGUACUCCAGUUGAUCAAGUAUGUACAUAACUGUAGAUAAUUUCUUUAUACAUUUUGAAAUAUUUUAAUAUAUAAACCAUUUUUUUCACAAA